AUGCGCAACCCCUGGUCAUCGUUCGGUUCUCUGCGCUUCAUGUCUCACACCCAACCGUCCAAUCCUAUCGUAUCUGCCAAUCAAAUCAAAUCACUUCCUCAGAUUCUAUCUUUCGACGAGCAGGAUCAUAGUCACAUGAAUAACUCAGGAAGCGCUCAAGAGGCAGACUCCCCAAGUAUCUCUCUUAAAUCGCCUCAUCAUAAGGACAACAAUGUCUUGUCCGCGGGACUCAUAGCGGAACCCGAGCCUGCUUUUGAAGCCUCUUCGGUAUAG